GUUUAUUCCAACAUAGUGCAAAAAUUUCUUACGGAGUAUUAUGCAUUUAUGCCUAUGCGAAUUAAAAUCUGAAUCGAUUUUUUUUAAUUAAUUUCGGAUCGUGACAGACUUUGACACCGUGCCGUGUGUAACCAGCUUUUUGCAAUAAAUUAGAAAAAAAAAAAAGUGAAGAGAGAGUGAGAGAAAUAGUAUAGUAUAACAAAAAUGGAGUCAUCAGCAAAAUGGGUAGUGAAUGAAGAUGAACUAUUGGCAUGUUGUGGUAGUACUAAGUUCGCCAAACAUAUGGCGGCUUUAUCCUCUUUUUCCAAUCUUCAUCAUGCUGUUGAAUCUGCUACUAACAUCUGGUUCAAUCAGGUUGAUGUUUAUGGGUGGCUUGAAGCUUUCUCAGCUCAUCCUCAGAUUGGUCAAUCUCCUUCUUCUUCUCAUGUUGGUGAGACUUUUGCCCAGUGGAGCAAGGGAGAGCAGUCAACUGCUAUGAAAUCGGCUACUUCCACUACAUUACAGGAACUGACUGAUUGGAAUGCCCGGUAUAAGCAAAAGUUUGGAUUUGUCUUUCUUAUAUGUGCAUCUGGGAGAAGUACUGCAGAAAUUCUAGCUGAGUUGAAGAGACGCUUCUCAAACAGGCCUGUAGUGGAGCUUGAAAUAGCAGCUCAGGAACAGAUGAAAAUUACAGAACUGCGUCUUGCCAAACUUUUCUCGGCAAAAUCAAGCACUGAUGUGGCUACCGAAUAUCAACCUGCAUCCAUCACCACAAAAGCUAAUGAAGAUCGCCUGAGCAUGAUCAAUUCUCAUCUCAUCUCUGCAUCUGAUUCUUUCGGAGAGAAAAAAACUCAAGCUCCUAAGAGGAACCGGCCACCCAUCACAACCCAUGUCCUCGAUAUGGCAGGUGGUCAUCCCGGGGCAGGGAUUGAAGUACAGUUAGAGGCAUGGAGGGGUCCAGAGCCUCGCCCUUCAUUUCCCGGAUCAGAUCCAAGUGGCUGGACUCUGGUGGGAUCUGGUAAGACAGACAAUGAUGGUAGAAGUAACCCGUUAAUGAACAUUGUUGAUGCAGUAAAUCCUGGUACAUACAGGAUUAGCUUCAACACAGGCAAGUACAACCCCUCAGGGUUUUUCCCUUUUGUCUCUAUAGUGUUUCAGAUCACAGAGUCACAAAAGUUUGAGCAUUUUCACGUGCCACUGCUGUUAGCUCCUUUCGGGUUCUCAACUUAUCGUGGAAGCUAGGAAAUUAAACUUAUGAAAACUGUAAUUGCUGAGGAUUGGAGGGGAAAUUGUUUGUUUUCGUUUUGCUAAUAAUGUAUCCCACUCCGUAAAACCUCAGCACCUCAUUCAGAAAGCAAUUAGCUAGGUCUGAUGUAUACACUAUAUGUAUGGGAUUUUUAAGCGUUUGUUGCAUUUAAGACUGUAAAUUGAUAAGGACAAGAGACACGCAAUAAAUGACUAUCUAGUCAAAGAUUAUACAAGUAGAAGCUAUUAUCAAUC